AAUGAGAUCUGAUCUAGAAUAUGAGGAUCAUAGGACAAAUUAUAUUGAAACCGAAAAAGAAUAUUAUGAAAGAUCGAGGCCUCAAUCUGAAGAUAGGAGAAGUUUAGAAAAGGAAAAAGAAGUAUUGGAAAAUGAUAGAAAGAAAUGCAGAAAUGAUUAUAGAACGACUUUAAAUCGUAUAAAACAAUUAGAAAAUCAAUUAAAAUUGACUAAACCUGAAGUGUAUGAAAGAGUGCCUCGCGAAAAUUUUCGUCCUUUGGAGCCUUCCGUUAGUUGUGGUGAUUUAGCAAUUCAAGCUCGACCAGAUAUUGGUCAUUUAGCCGUCCAAACGGACAGUGAUGUUAUUUCAAUAGCUUCUACUGUUGGUAGCGUAGGAUCCUACGUAUCAUGCCCCCCUACCUUAAUGAGGUCAUCUUCGAGACGAUCUAAAAGGAAGAGGGAUUUCGAUAUAUUUUUAGCGAACAGACAUUUACAGGAUGCUGAAAAUAGUCGUUUAAGGAGCGUUGAAGAGGAAUUAAGGCAGGAUAAUGAGAGAACAAUUGAACAAUUAAGAUAUGAACAAGAGAAAGUUGAAAUUUUAAAGAAAAGAGAAAGACUUCUCUUGAGUUGUAUGGAUAGAGAAGAGCCUCUUGGUGAGAGUUAUAGUGAAGAUAAUUCCCGUCUACGUGUCUCUGCUGAAAUCAAUUUUGACUAUGAUAAGGACUGUGCCAUGAAGAGAAGUACCUGCUCUUUGGAUAGUCAAGUAAUAAGAAAACAAGUUGAACCAUCAACAGGUCUUUAUAAAACAUCCAGCCUUAAGAGUUUUCUUAAACAAAGAAGAGAUUCAUUCGAAAAAAUUGAGACGAAAUGCAAGUCGGAUAUAACCAUUUUUGUCCCAAAUUCAAGUAAAUUAACAGGAUCUAAAGAUAUGAACACUGAAAUUAGCAAUAUUGAUAAUAUUCCCAACACGGAGGUGGGCGUAAAAAUUGCUUAUGAAGAGGGAACGCCAAUUAUUCAGAGAGGUCGUCGCGUAGAAGAAAAAAGGAAAAAGACACGAAAAUCAAAAAAACAGGUGGAACAAUCUUUCGUCUGCCGAACUUUACCCGAUGGAAGAGCAGAUAAUUCUCUUCCAGUCUGUCAAGAACUUUCUGUUGUGAAGGAUGAAAACUUGAAUCAAGAAAAUACAACAGAUGUUGACAUUUCUAACGAUUCGUUAGAUUUAUCAAGUUCGGCUGAGUUUUCGGACGAUUCCUUAGGUAACGAAGAAGAAACUGAAGGAAACGUUGAUAAAGUGCCUUCGAAUAUCACGACAACCUGUAGCGAAAUUAAUAUAUCACUACCUCAUGUUCGUUUGGAAGCCGUCAAUAAGGACGGUAUUUUUAUUAGUUUACCGCCUGCAAAUCUACCUAUCCAAAAAACCGGUGCGAUAAGCCCUAAAAAGGGGUCAAAACACAAGGAGCAGCAAUCCAAAAAGCCUUUAUCUGAUUUAAGCGUCCAUUCUAGUCAAGAAACUCGUCAAUCUGUAAAAGACUUUCAACAAUAUUCGCCUGACGUUCAACAUUUUACAGAAGAGAUUCAACUUGAAUGUACUGAACUACUGCCAACAACUGAUUCAGAAACAUUCGAUAACCUGAACGAGACAGAUAAUCGCCCUCUAGAUACAAAUAAAGAUCUUUCUAAGGUAAAAUCUUUAGAGGAGAAAACCGUUCCAAUCGAAAGGAUUAGCGACGAUGAGAAAUACACAGGCGAAAUCAUUAAAUAUUCAAGCGAUUCGAUCGUGCAGCACGCACUCGCACAAUCAAUCGUGGAAAAUAUUAGGCUCGAUCGAGUCGAAGAGAAAGAAGCUACUCUUAUGGAUAGUUCAAUCUUAAUAGAGCCAACAAACAAAGCGGAAAAGUUAGAUACGUCUUUUACAACUUAUUCGGAAGAAGAAGAUGCAAAAGUUAACACAAAUCUUGAUAGAAUUGAAAACGUACAAGAAAUUCAACAGCAUAAUUUUAAAGUCGAUAAUAUUGUAAGUGCAACUGAUACUGUUGAAAAAGACAAUGCCAACUGUUUAACAAAAGAAGAGGACAAUGUGCCUCUGGAUAAUCCUUCAUGUGAAAUGAUAUUAGAAGAGGACGCUCAAAAUAAACCUAGCUUAUUAGUCAAAAUUGACAAUACCAACAGUAGAGCCGAGGAAAGUGAAACUACUCUAUUAUCAGAAGGUAAAAAUAUGGAAAAACUAAAUGAACCGUGUAGUUCUCUUAUUGAAAUCAAAGAUGCCGAAAACAUAUUAAUCAAUGCGACUACCGAAACAAAAAUCGAUGAUUUAUCGAUUCAGGUAGUAAAAUCAAUAUCAAAUGAUGAAAUUGAGCGGUUAUCGUUAAUAAUUGAAGAGGGAGAAGACUCUACGGCUAAACAUGAUAAUAAACUCUUACAUUUGACGGCUGAGAGUUUAACACACGUUCAAGGACCUCCUGAGAUUUCUGAUUUAACCACAGGAGAUAUAAAGACUACUGAAGAGAAUAAAAAUACUGAAAAAGAAGUAAUUUGCUACGAUACUGUUAAUGUCUCAAGGGAAGAAAUUCUUGAAUUAUCUGAAGAUGCUAAUCUUCAUAAUGAAACAAUUGAUUCGUAUAUCGUCGAUAAAGCUGACGUUCAACCCUCUAAUGAAUCGGAUAAUGAACGUCCAACUCUGAGUGACAGGGACGGGGAUAAUAAGACUUCAAAUCCUGAUGAAGUAAAAACUUUUAAGAAAGCUGAUUCAACUGAAAUUUGCAAAGGUGGAGUUGUUACGACGACAGAUGCUAAUUUUCAAUUAGUUGAUGCUUCUCAACAAUUGCCAUCCGCCGUUAAAGAAGCUGAUUGCGCUGGUAAGCAGUCUAAUGAAAAUGAAUUAUCCGAUCAACAUGAUUACGUAAUGGUAACUGAAAAGAAAGAAGAUUAUUCUACCGAGCAUAUUAAAUUAACUCCUGCAUAUCAACUUAACAUUUCCGACAAAGAAGUGAAUUCAGAUAAUUGCUCAACUAUUAAAGCAGAUAUUGUAAAUGAUCAAAUAAAUCCAUUGGAAAUUCUAUCAACAGAAAAAAAGAAUGUAUUAGAAAGAGACGCUUCAAAAGGUGAAUCAAAACAUGCCAAUGAUGAAAUUCAGCAACGAGACGAUGAAAGUUUAAAAAGUGAAGAAAUAAAGUCAGCUAUAGAAAACGUCUAUGACCCAAGUAUGAGAGAAAAAGCAGCUCAAGAUGAAAGUUACCAAACAGAUAUUGAUUCAAAGAAUACUCAUUUAAACGAGAAAAUUAAAUUCUCUGGAAGCCUUAGUCCGGAAGUUCACAAAGUCCUACCUUCUAAAAAUUCUGAUAGCAAAUAUAAAGAAAAUAUUCUCUCAGAAGAGAAAACAUUUGAAAAAUGUCCUGAAAUUGAAUCUGCUUCUAUAGUUAUAGAAGAGAGCAAGUUUCAGUUCUUUUGUUUAUCUCCAAUUGAUGGAAAUUCAGAUCAGGAUAACGAUGAGGAAAUUGCUGAUUUAUCAACAGAUUUGUUUGUCAUUCCAAACGAAAAAUUGACAGAGGAAGAACUAACACUUUAUGAACAAGAGAGUGAACAGAUGGAAACAAACGAAAAAGUUAAAAAGAGACUAGAGCUUCAAUUCGAAGACUCAGCAUCUACUGAUAAUAAUGAUAUGGACGAAGGUGUGUCUGAUAAUCAAAUUGUUGAAUUAUCUAUAAGUAUUGAAGAACGUACCGAGAAUAUAGACUGUCAGUUAAGAGAGUCAACUCAAGCAGAAAGUUGUUUAAUGAAGGGUCUAAUCGAAAAUAAACUUCAGGAAACUGACAAUAUAAAAGAUUUAGACGGCAACAAUAGAUUAUCUGACUUGAAAAAACCUGUUACGGAAACCCACGCUAUUGUUUUUUCAAAUAAAGAGUCUGAUCUAAACGUUUCAGAAGAGUUGACGUCACCUCUCUGCAGUGAUCCCAAUGAAGGUACUAAUGAGCAGUUAGAGGGCGAAAAAGACACCAAACACGAGGAAAUAUCAAAGCAACCGCCAAUCUCACCCAAAUAUAGCGAUGAGUCUCUUACAGAUCCUCUCGUGGACGAAGCCAGGGAAAUACCUCAACAAAUCGACAUUGAAAAGUUUACUUCGAAAGCAAUCUCUGAUGAAACGAAAAGUGAAUGUAAAUCAACCAUGGCUGAUCAAAUAAAUUCAGAGAGAGAGGGUGAAGCCCAUAGUCCAAACAUAGAAGAAUCUCCCGCGUUACCAUAUAAACACAAUACAGAUGCACAAUCUGAUGAAGAUACUGAUGAUACUGCAAGUUGUCCAGGAUCCGUAGAUCUUAAUAAAAGCUCUAAUGAUAAUACAAACGAAAUACCUAAAAAUGUUGGUGACAGUUCCAUUCUAGCAGCUGGACAAGAGGAUGACAAACGAAGCAGUUUGGAUGAUCCUUGCAAAAAAUCUUCCGAUGCGAAAGCUGAUGACAAUGGAGCUGCAAGUGUCAUUUAUGAAAAUCCAUUCGAUGAAGAUAUCGAACAUUUCCGAUCUUUAAAUGAAGGAGAACCCUCAACUACUAAUGAAAAUCUUAAUGUUAAUCUCUCCUCAAUUAAGGAGAUAUCAGAUGACAGUUAUCCUGAAGAUACAAAUAAACAUUCACGAUUUUUAUUUGAUACUGAACGAGAUCUUGAAACUCCAGUUUCUAAUCAAACUUCAAGAAUUAACGACUCUGCUUUACUCAAAAUGUCAGAAACUGAAUUUAAGGAGCAAAAUACAAAAGAAAUUCAAGAAAAAUCUGUUAUAGUGCAUGCAGUAGUGGAUAAUCAACCUGACAUACUUGAAAAUUUUCCUAUCGUUCAACCUGUGUCGUCUGUCGUUGAACUUUCUUGUACAAUUACUAGUGAAGAAAGUAAGGAAAGUAUUGAGAACAGAGGAAAAGAGAAUAAAGAUAAUAAACAUGAAAACAAAGAAAAGCUAAACAAACCGGAUGAGAGCGCAAUUCUUGAUGCUGAUGAAAGUAAAGAGAGUACAAUUAUUACCGAUGAAUCAAAGGGGAGUGCCAUGUUAUCAACAGAAAAAGACAAGGAAAAUUUCACCGAUAAUAAAGAGUCUAGAAGAAGAGAUGGAUCUCCAUCGGCAAAAUUUGACAACAAUACCACUGCUAUUGAAACAUUAAAACAAGAGUGUGAUUCAUUACUCAUAGAGAGAGAGGAAAUUAUUAAUGACCAGAGUUGUUUAAGUGAAAGAUAUAAAGGUGAUGAAAAUAUCAUUAAUUUUGAAGAAAUUAAAGUUGAUUCGCUUCGGGAAGAAAAGGAAAUCAAUGUAGAAAUGAUUAACAUUACUGAUGAGCCUGGAGACAACGUUAGUUUUCCAUCAACUGAAAAGAUUAUAGAUGACGAAAUUGGAACAAAUGCAGAAGAAUGUAAAGACGAUAAUUCUCUUUCACUAGAAAAGAAUAUAUGCACAGAUAUUUCUAUUGACUCGAAUGAGCUUAAAAAAGACGAUGGUUCUCUAUCAACUGAUAAUGCCAAAAGCAAAGUACUUACAACUGAUACUCAUGAAUCUGAGUUAAGAGAUGCAUCGCCAACAACAGAAAAUAUCAGACUGGACGAUAGUACUAUUGACCAUGAAGAGUAUCACCAAAGCAGCGAUACACUACUGACAGCAAAGAAAACAGCUGAAAAAAGAACAGGCAACAAUAACGCUGAAAAGAAUAAAAACGUCAAAAAUAACACCGAAAGACCUGAAGAACUUUACUCGCUUUUAAAAGAACGGGAAAGCGAUCUCGAAAGUCCAAUUAACACUGCUAAAUCGAAAGAGAAUUUAAAUUCUAUACAAGUAAAGACAGGAAGUGAACAAAAUAUUACUUCUAUUAAAGAACCUAAUGCCAGUGACUCACUUCCAAAAGAAAGAGAUAUCGAUAUAGAAAGUUCGAAAGAUACUGAUGAGACUGAAGAGUAUGUUAGUUCUUUAACAAUAAAGUCUGGAAACGAACCAAUUAUUACUUCAAUGGAAGAACCAAGUGAAAGUGAUUCUCUUCCCAGAGAAAUAGACAGCAUCAGAGAAGGUUCCAAAGAGAUUCUUGAGACUGAAGACAAUAUUAGUUCUCUACCAAUAAAGACUGGAAAUGAAACAAUUACCACUUCCAUUGAAGACCCGAAAACAAGUGAUUGUCCCUCAAGAGAAAAAGACAGCGUCAAAGAAUGUUCCAAAGAUACUGAUGAGACAGCAGAGCAUGUUAGCUCUCCAAUGGUAAAGUCUGAAAGUGAACAAAUUACCACUUCCGUUGAAGAACCUAAAAAAGAAAGUUCCAAUGAUACUGAUGAAAAUGAAAAGACUAUUAUUCCUACACCAGUACAGGCUGAGAAUAAAAAAAUCACCGCUUCUUUUGGAAAACUAAAUGCAAGUGAUUCCCUUUCAAAAGAAGGACAUACCGAUGCAGAAAGUUCCAAAGAUACUAAUGAGAAUGAAGAGAACAUCAGUUCUCUACCAAUAAAGUCUGGAAAUAAACCAACUGUCACUUCCAUUGAAGAUCCUAAUGCAAGUGAUUCACUUCCAAAAGAAAGGGAUAUCAAUCUUGAAAUUUCCAAAGGUACUGAUGAGACUGAAGAGUAUGCUACUUCUCUACCAAUAAAGUCUGGAAAUGAACCAACUAUCACUUCCAUUGAAGAACCAAAUGCAAGUGAUUCACUUCCAAAAGAAAGAGAUAUCAAUCUUGAAAUUUCCAAAGGUACUGAUGAGACUGAAGAGUAUGCUACUUCUCUACCAAUAAAGUCUGGAAAUGAACCAACUAUCAUUCCCAUUGAAGAACCAAAUGCAAGUGAUUCUCUUCCAAAAGAAAGGAAUAUCGAUCUUGAAAUUUCCAAAGAUACUGAUAAAACUGAGGAGUAUGUUAGUUCGUUACCAGUAGAUUCUGGAAAUGAACCAACUAUCACUCCCAUUGAAGACCCUAAUGCAAGUGAUUCACUUCCAAAAGAAAGAGAUAUCAAUCUUGAAAUUUCCAGAGGUACUGAUAAAACUGAGGAGUAUGCAACUUCUCUACCAAUAAAGUCUGGAAAUGAACCAACUAUCACUUCCAUUGAAGAACCAAAUGCAAGUGAUUCUCUUCCAAAAGAAAGGAAUAUCGAUCUUGAAAUUUCCAGAGGUACUGAUAAAACUGAGGAGUAUGUUAGUUCUUUAACAAUAAAGGCUGCAGAUGAAUCAAUUACCACUUCCAUUGAAGAAUCUAAAACAAGUGAUUCUCUUCCAAGAGAAAAAGAUAUCGUUAAAGAAGGUUCCAAAGAUACUAAUGAGACUGAAAUGGAUAUUAGUUCUCUACUAGUAAAGGCUGGAGCCGAAAAAGUUACCACUUCUAUAGAAGAACCUAUUACAGAUUAUUCACUUCCAAGAGAAAGAGAUAUCGAAAAAGAGAUUUCCAAAGAUACUGAUGAGACUGAAAAGAACAUCAGUUCUCUACCAAUAAAGUCUGGAAAUGAACCAACUAUCACUUCCAUUGAAGAACCAAAUGCAAGUGAUUCUCUUCCAAAAGAAAGGAAUAUCGAAAAACAAAUUUCCAAAGAUACUGAUAAAGCUGAAGAAUAUGUUAGUUCGUUACCAGUAGAUUCUGGAAAUGAACCAACUAUCACUUCCAUUGAAGACUCUAAUGCAAGUGAUUCACUUCCAAAAGAAAGAGAUAUCAAUCUUGAAAUUUCCAAAGGUACUGAUGAGACUGAAGAGUAUGCUACUUCUCUACCAAUAAAGUCUGGAAAUGAACCAACUAUCAUUCCCAUUGAAGACUCUAAUGCAAGUGAUUCACUUCCAAAAGAAAGAGAUAUCAAUCUUGAAAUUUCCAAAGGUACUGAUGAGACUGAAGAGUAUGCUACUUCUCUACCAAUAAAGUCUGGAAAUGAACCAACUAUCACUUCCAUUGAAGAACCAAAUGCAAGUGAUUCUCUUCCAAAAGAAAGGAAUAUCGAUCUUGAAAUUUCCAAAGAUACUGAUAAGACUGAAGAGUAUGUUUGUUCUCCAAUGGUAAAGUCUAAAAGUGAACAAAUAACUACUUCCACUGAAGAACCUAAUACAAGUGACUUGCUUCCAAAAGAAAAGGAUAUCGAUAUAGAAAGUUCAAAAGAUACUGAUGAGACUGAAGAGUAUGUUUGUUCUUUACCCAUAAAGUCUGAAAACGAACCAGGUAUCACUUCCAUUGAAGACCCUAAUGCAAGUGAUUCUCUUCCAAGAGAAAAAGAUAGUGACACAGAAAGUUCUAGUGAUUUUGAUGAGACUGAAGAGCAUGUUUGUUCUCUACCCUUAAAAGCUGAAAGUGAACAAAUAACUUCUUCCCCUGAAGAGUCUAAAUCCGUUGAUUUGCUUGUAAAAGAAGAAGGCGGCGACACAAUACACCUCAAAGAUUCUGAUGAGACUGAAGAGCAUGCUGGUUCUCCUAUGAUAAAAGCUAAAAGUGAACAAUUUACUGUUUACCAUGAAAAACCUAAUGCCAGUGAUUCUCUUCCAGGAGAAAGAUAUAUCGAUGAGGAAGGUUCCAUAGAUGCUGAUGAGACUGAAACAAUUAUAUCUCUACCGGUUAAGGCUGCUAGUGAACGAAUUUACACUUCUGUGGAAGAAGAUAAUGUAGACGAUUCUGUUCCAAAAGAAAAGGAUUACGUUAAAGAAAGUUUAGAUAAUAUCGAUGAGACUGAAGACCAUAUUAGUAAAGAGGACAAAGAGAAGGAAAACACUAGUACUUUUGAAGAACUGGAAAAAUUUGAUUCGCUUCCGAAAAUAAGUGAAAGCGAUGUUGAUAUUGAUGAGCCGGAGGAGAACAAUACUUCUGUAUCAUCCGAAACGGUUAAAAAUAAAGAUGGCACAUUCAAGACUGAUGGCAAACAAAGUUCUACAAAUUUCGGAGAGCCUGAAGCAAGAGAAUUGCUUCCGAUUGAAAAAGAUACGCAUGUAGAAAGUUCUGAUGAUAUUGAUGAGCCUAAUGAUAAUGCUAAUUAUCCAUCAUCAGAAAAAUUCAAACAUGACGAAAUUACUGCUAAUACUGAUGAAUCUGAACAAGAAGGUAGAUCUUCGUUGACAAAAGAUAGCAGAGUUGACGAUAGCACUACUGGUCAUGAAGAAUAUAAACAAGAAAGUGUUAUCCUACCAGCCGGAAUGGAGAAAACUGAUGAUAGUGUGAACGAUAAUAAAGAAGUUUGUUCUUUUUCAAACACAUUGGAGAAAAACAAAGAUAAUACAACUGAAAAUGAUUAUUCUAAAGAAAGUGAAGAACUCACAUUAGAAAGUCCACCAGCUAGAGAUGAAAAAUGUACAACUGAUACUCAAGAAAGUGAUAUAGCAUUGGGUGGAAGAGGAGGAGAUGGAGAAAGUACAGUUGAUACUAAAGAUUCUCAAGCAGAUAAUAGUGAAGUAUCUAUAGCAAGAUACAUAGAUAAAGAAGGUACUUAUGGUAUUGAAGAACCUGAACAGCCAAGUGAUUUCGUAUCAAGAAACACUGACAGAGAUAGAGAAAGUACCAUUGCCAUUCAAGAUCCUAAACUGAAAAAUGAUGCAGUGCUGCCGGAAAAAGCUGAAUAUAAAGCCCCAAUGUCAACAGAAAAAGUUGAGGCAAAAGAGGGUACCUCUGUUAUUGCAAAAUCUAAACAAGACACUUCGAUAGAAAAAGUAGAUCGAGAAACCGAUAUUGAUUUUAUAGCACCUGAGCUAGAAAGUGGUAUUCUUUCAUCAGAAAAGAUCAGAGAGGAAGCAAGCGCAAUUAAAGCUCAAGAGCCUGAUCGCGAAACUGACUCCCAGUCGAUAGUAAUUCAAGGGGAGGGGAAAAAUUUUCAUGAUAUUGCAGAAAGUAAUAGUGAUAGAGAUAGUUUUAUAGAGGAGAGUAGUUCUCCAUCAACAGAAAAUGUUAGAGAUGAAAAAAGUAUUACAAGUAAGAACAAACCUAACCAACAAGACAAUACCUUAUCGGUUGUAACUGACAAAAGUGAUCGUAUUGCUGAAGAAUAUAUACAGGAAGAUAGUUCUCUGCCAGCAGAUAGGAAUAAAAUCGAAGGAAAUAUUUUCGACAAUCAAGAAUGUAAAGAAGAGAACAGGUCGACAGAAGUAACCAUGGAAAAGAGUAUUAUUGACACUAAAGAAUGUGAUGAAGGAGACAUAUCGAUGUCUCAAGAAACAAGUAAAUCAAAUACUGUUGAAUCUACUAUUUCAAAGCCUCUAGUAAGAGAAAGUCCCGAAACUGUCACAGCUCGAUCAGAACAGUAUGGUAUAUCUAGGGAAAAUCUCGCUCAUGUUGCAGGCGAAGGAGAAGUCGAUGAAAGUGAAACAACUGAGCUAUCUACUAUAGACAUACGCGAUACAAAUGUUGAAUUAAUACCUACAACUAAGCCAGGAGAUGAUAAGGAAGUUCAAUCACCGACUAUCAUUUCCUCAACCGAUCAUCAGGAAUUGACUAUGGUGACUGAUGUAUCAUGCGAAGGAGAUAAUAAUAAUACAUUAGAAACCAACUUUCAGCAAGAAACAGAGAGUAGUAGCGAGAAUGAGUCUGACGAUGAUUCAACCUCGAAAGAUAUAAAUGACACAAAUUAUGAAAACAGUGAUGAUAUUUUAGCGGACGAUGAAAUGGAAUUGGAUGGAUAUGAGAUUAUUCAGCGACUAUCUUCAAUUGAAGAAGUUAGUGAGGAAGAUAUCGACGAACUCUCUCGACAAAGUGAAGGUUCAACAUCUGCCAAGAAAGCAAUUACAGAUAGUUUUGGUGAUAUAGAGGAUGAUAGUGGCUUCAAAACUGGUGAAGUUAGCCUGCCAAAAGAUGAUGAAUCUUGCACGGACGAUGAGUUUUCAAAGGAAAAUUUAGACAGUGAAUACGAGCCACAGUUGGAAGAAGCCUUGAAUGACACAUUUGAAGCUGAAUCCGACUCGGUUGAGUCUCAAAAUGAGUUUGUUGAGCCUGAAAUAGUACUGUCAAACAGUGACAAUGAUACCAAAGUUGAAGGUGACAGUGAUAAAUCUUCUUACUACACGGCGUCUACAACCAGUCUUGAAAAAUGGUAUUCAGCCGACGACUUAACUCCCGAAAUGCUCAAAGGAUCCAUUUCAGAGGAAUUUUUACCUUAUUCAUACGAAAGCGUGUUAAUCAAAAGUCCUGUAGUUUAUGACAGUUCAGAGACAGAAUAUUAUACACCAGUCGCCUCGGAAGAUGAAUAUGGUGAAUGCACUAUGGUUCUUCCCAAAACCAGAUCUUCUGUGAUCACGAAAGGGGACCUGGGUAGUUCUAGUGAUGAAGAUGUAACUCCUUGUCCUUCAGCAAAUACGUCUCCCAAGAAAACUAUUUCAAGAGACAUUGAUAGCUCGGAAGAAGAGGUUUCUGAUAGUGAAUCUGUUAUCUGUAGGCCUCUUGAAACGAAGGACCAAGAAAUUACAGAUGAAAAUUCUUCCAAGGAGCAACUGUUGGACGAUCUUUCCACCUCAGCUGAUGCUGUACAUCCAGAGAGUCCGGGAAACGAACUCCUUACAUUAGAUGCUAUAACGAAACUCUCUGAAACGAUUCAACCAACAACAGCGACAUCUGCCACUGAACAGACGGAUACAGAGAAAUUAAUAAAUCGAAAUAUUGACAGCUCAUGCAGAGCUCAGAAUGAAAACAUUGAACCGGUUAAGCCUCUCAUGGAAGUUGAAUUAUCUGCGAUUCAACAGGAAAGAUCUUCAAAUUUAGAGGGUAGUUCAUGGUUGGCGAAAUCGGCUCCUUGUUUGAGAGAUUCUGAUGAAAAUGAACAUUCUUUGAAGGAAGUUAAGCGUUUAUCGCUUUCGGAAUUAUUUCUGAAAUCUGCUGAAGAAGGAACAAUUACAACAGAUCCAAUCUCUGGGGAAGUUCCUACUACUUUCUGUAAAGUAGUUCAUUUUAAAGCUCCGGAACGUCGUACGAAAACUGCUUCGGAAGAAGGCGCAGAGGAUAGUCCUACAGGUAGUACUAUCUCUGCAAACGUAGCACCCUGUUCCGCUAUUAUAAAGGCUUCUUCGAAUGACAACGAAAGAGAAUCUAUACCUGAUAGUAAUUCAACAAACUCUGACUUUGGAACUGAAACGCAUGACGAUAAUCCAGAAAAUAUAUAUAAACAUACUAAAGUGGAAGAAAAUGACGAAUCUAGUGAUUCGGAAUACUGGCCAGGACCGGAUGAGGAGAAAAAGGAAAGUGAGGAGCUUAAAAAGUUAGAUUAUCCACCUUAUGAUCCGGAGAGUCUUGAGAAUUUAGAUAAAACUUUAUUAUUUGAAGACCCACUUGAUGUUGAUGAUCUCAAAUCAUCAGAUGAGUCGGAAAAAGUUGUGAUAACAGAUUAUGAUAUAAAAAAGAUCGGUAAACCUACGCCAGAUGAUCUAACGACUCUCGACAAAGAAAUCAUUGAUUCAACUUGUUCAACUCCUGUAGAAGGAGAUGUUGAAUCGGAAUUAAUGCUUUCUCAUACUAGGGUUGUUAAUUUCAAUGUUAUGUCAGAUUCAACGACGAAUUCCGACGUGAUAGAAAGUUAUUCUGACCAAAUGAUUAUAGAGUCCAAGUCAUCUGAAUUGAAUGAGGAAGAUAAUACAUCACGAAACGUUCAUGUAAUUGGCUUUCAACCGUCAGGGAAAUUAAAAACUUCAGAUGAACCGACCAAAUCUAGCGAGAAAAAAUUCGGUCCAGUUAUUUUGGAUUUAGAAGUCUCUCCAAGAAAUAAGAAUCAAAGGCUUUUAUCAGAAAAUUUAUCGUCAGAUUGUGAUUCUAAUAAAACACAAGCGUCAACAGCUGAAUUAGAGACAAGAAGUUUACCGAUGUCGGGUGAUUCGGAGUACUCUGAAGCUAGUGUUGAUAAUCAGAGCAUAAUUAUGGAUCGCUAUAUUCUAAGUGAUCUACCUUAUGAAAUAUGUAACGAGAUUGAGGCUGUCAGAGAGGAAUAUCUUAACAGAAAUCCAGUUUUACAGAAAUCUUUCUCAACCUCCGAUAUUUCGAUUAAAACAAUGGUAGCAGAAAGACGUCUCAGUCUCCAGGAUCCUAUAAUGGAGCACAGAUCGACCUCAAAAGACAACAUUUUUAUAUUACUUUUACCUGACAAAGAAGAACGAAGAGAUUCUUAUGAAUCUACAAGUAUCAGCUAUACAGUUCCAGUUUUUGAACGAUCGGCCAGUGCUGAUACCCUAAAAAUCAUUCAUCCCGAUAGAUAUAAAAGACAAUCAAGAUCUCUAGAAAAUAUACCCCCACCUGAGGACGAUAUGACAGCUGACGAUGUUUUUGCCGAAAGCCGUCGUCUAAUGGAAAAAGAUACAGAAGAAGAUACUUUGAAAGAAGGUGAACCUGAAGAAAUUGUUGGAGCAGCUCCUAAAAGAGUCAGUUGGGCCGACCUCCUCCAAAAUGAAACGACAGAUAAAAAGAGUGUCAAGUCAUCAGUAGUCCCUUUGCUAUCGUCUUUAGCUAAAGAGAAAAUAAACCCAAAUUUGUCAGCUGAAAACGAAGAAAACUUGUUUGAAGGAAAAUUAGAAGAGGACCAAGAGCUAGAUAACUCAUCACGAGACAAUAAAGAGUACAGCACACUAAAAUCCGAAAUUAAAGAUAGUAGAGAUGAAACAGAGGAUAAUAAUACUGACAAACUCCAACAAGGAAAAGAUUCAGAAUCUUUAGAUACGAUAAUAGCUCACUCACAGGAUCUCGAAAACCUUGAUAAUGCUAGUAUCAGUAGCACUGAUGACGAUUACGUUCUUCAAAUACAACUAUCAGAAUCAAGUGAAAGUACAAGUUUACAAAUACCAGAAAAUAAUUCAACCGACGAAGAAAGUGCAACGGAUGCUGAAAUUUCCACACCUGAAUUGGAAACUAUUGUCCUUAGUCAUCCAAAAACCGACAAUCAGUCAGUAGCUCAAGAAGAAUUCGAAAACAAAAUUUCCGACGAAACUACAACGAAGAAAGAGAAAUAUCAAGUAUAUAAAGGUGAUUUUCAGAGUAAAUAUUUAGAAUUAAAAGAAAUUGAGAGCAAAGAGACGGCUUUAGGCGAAUUGGAUGAAACAUUGAGCGUAUGUGGCGAAGAAGAAAUUCAGCUAGAACAGACAGAAAAUACAAAACAGUUAUUGACAGAAGAACCAAUAACUAAAGAAACAGAUGAUAUCGAGUCCCAAGAAAAAGUUACAUCUUCCCUGCAAACUGAAACAAAGAAAGAAGAAAAACAAGGAGAUGCGGAACAAUUAGAGGACAGUAAGACCACUACAGAAAUUUCUGAAGAAGAAACUAAUUCGAAAUCAGUGGAAAAAGAGGAAGAUACCACUGGAUUGACAGCAAGUGAAAAUGAAAAAAUAACUUAUGAAGAGGAACUUGAAAUUGAUGAAGUAGGCGACGCUGAGGAAACAGCGGAGAAAACAAAAAAAUUGCAUAGUGAUGAAGAAAUAGGUGAUGAUAAAGAACUAUUGGUGAGAACGGAAGAAUUGCCAAGUAAUCAAGAAAGAGAAACCGAAAACUCACAAGAAACGAAACAAAUUAUUACUGCUGAAUGCGAAGCUUCUGCUUCCGAUAAAAAUGAAGAAACUAAAGAAAAGUCGCCAGAGCAAGAUUCUUCCAUCAAUAUCACAGUUGCAAAGGAUGAUAAUACCUCAUAUGAAAAGGUAAUUUCUAACAUCCAUAAUGAUGAUAUUGCCACAAACACAGACAUUACGACUAUACUGGUAAGCCAACAUCAAGAAGAAGGACAAGAAAGCGCACAAGAAAUAGGAAAGAGCGAUGAAAUUCCAGAAAUUUCAGAAGGAAAAGAUAAUUUAGAGUUUGAAGAAGGAGUAACACCAACGAUGAGAAGAAAAACAAAGAAAGAAGAAAGAUACGACGACACUGAACAGUGUGAGGACAUUAAGACAACUACAGAAAUUUCCGAAGAAGAAACCAAUUUGAAAUCAGUGGAAAAAGAGGAAGAUGCUACUGGAUCAACAAGCGAAAAUGAAAGAUUAUCUAAUGAAGAGGAAAUUGAAAUUGAUGAAAUAUCCAACGCCGGAGAAACAGCGGACCAAACAAAAGACUUGCAUAGUGAUGAAGUAAUAUGUGAUGAUAAAGAACAAUUGGUGAGAACGGAAGAAUUGCCAAGUAAUCAAGAAAGAGAAACCGAAAACUCACAAGAAACGAAACAAAUUAUUACUGCUGAAUGCGAAGCUUCUGCUUCCGAUAAAAAUGAAGAAACUAAAGAAAAGUCGCCAGAGCAAGAUUCUUCCAUCAAUAUCACAGUUGCAAAGGAUGAUAAUACCUCAUAUGAAAAGGUAAUUUCUAACAUCCAUAAUGAUGAUAUUGCCACAAACACAGACAUUACGACUAUACUGGUAAGCCAACAUCAAGAAGAAGGACAAGAAAGCGCACAAGAAAUAGGAAAGAGCGAUGAAAUUCCAGAAAUUUCAGAAGGAAAAGAUAAUUUAGAGUUUGAAGGAGUAACACCAACGAUGAAAAGAGAAACAAAGAAAGAAGAAAGAUAUGAAGAUACAGAACAAUUAGAGGACACUAAGACAACAACAGAAAUUUCCGAAGAAGAAACCAAUUUGAAAUCAGUGGAAAAAGAGGAAGAUACUGCUGGAUCAACAACAAGCGAAAAUGAAAAAUUAUCUACUAAAGAAGAAAUUGAAAUUGAUGAAAUAAGCGACGCAAGAGAAACAGCGGAAAAAACCAAAGACUUGCAUAGUGAUCAAGAAAUAGAUGAUGAUAGAGAACAAGUGGUGAGACGAAAAGAAUUACCAAUUAAACAAGACAUAGAAAGCGAAACACCAGAAGAAACGAAACAAGCUCUUAUUGCUGAAUGUGAAGCUUCAGUUUCCGAUAAUAACGAAGAUACUGACGAAGAGUCAACACAGCAAGAUUCUUCCAUCAAUGUCACGGAUGUAAAGGAUGAUACUAUCUCUGAUGAGAAAGUAACUCCUAACAUUCGUAAAAAUAAAAAGACUGCUGAAGAGUCACCACAGGAAGAUUCUUCCAUCAAUGUCACAGCUGUAAAAGAUGACACAAAUUCGCAGAAAAAUGUUAUGUCUAACAUCGAUAAUAAUAAUAUAGUAACAAACAUAGAAAUGACGCCUAUUCAGGUAGGCGAACUAGAAGAAAAAAGACACGAAGACUUUGAAGAUGCAGGAAAGCACGACCAAAUUCUAGAAAUUUCAGAGGAACAAGAUAAUUUGGAGUCUGAAGAAAAAGUCACACCUUCUGAGCAAAACGAAACAAAGAAAGAAGAAAGAUAUGAAGAGAUAGAAAAAUCGGAAGAUAAUAGGAUUACUAUAGAUACUGCUGGAUCAACAACAAGCGAAAAUGAAAAAUUAUCUGCUAAAGAAGAAAUUGAAAUUGAUGAAAUAGGCAACGCUGAGAAAAAAGCGGAAAAAACAAAAGAAUUGCUUAAUAAUCAAGAAAUAGAAAGCGAAACACCAGAAGAAACUAAACCAAUUCUUACAGCUGAAUAUGAAACUUCUGUUUCCGAUAAAAAUGAAGAUACUACUGAAGAAUCACCACUGCAGGAUUCUUCCAUUAAUGUCACAGAUGUAAAGGGUGAUACUAUCUCUGAUGAGAAGGUACCUCCUAACAUUGAUAAUGAUAAUAUUGUAACCGGCACAGAGGUUACACCUAUAUUGGUAGGUGAACUACAAGAAGACGGACAGGAAGACUCAGAACAAACGGAAAAAAGUGAUGAAAUUCUAGAUAUACCCAAAGAAAAAGAUAAUUUAGCGUAUGAUGAAAAAGUCACACCUUCUGCGCAGUACGAAGCAAAGAAAGAAGAAAAAGAAGAACACACAGAACAAUCAGAGGACAGUAAAAUAACUGCAGAAAUUCCCGAAGAAGAAACCAAUUUGAAAUCAGUGGAAAGUGAGGAAGACACUACUGGAUCAACAACAAGCGAAAAUGAAAGAUUGUCUAAUGAAGAGGAAAUUGAAAUUGAUGAAAUAAGCGAAGAAAAAGAAACAGCGGACAGGUUAAAAGAAUUACCUGUUAGUCAAGAAGUAGGUGAGAAAGAAAAGGUGGAGAGAGCAAAAGAAUUACUAAGUAAUCAAGAAACAGAAAGCGAAAAACGAGAAGAAACGAAACAAACUCCUACUACUGAAUGCGAAACUUCUGUUUCGGAUAAUAACGAAGAUACUGGCGAAGAAUCAACACAGCAAGAUUUUUCCAUCAAUGUCACAGAUGUAAAGGAUGAUACUAUCUCUGAUGAGAAAGUAACUACUAACGUUCGUAAUGAUGGUACUGUCACGAGCACAGAAGUUACACGUAUAUCGUUAAGGGAACUACAAGAAGAUGGACUGGAAGACUCGGAACAAACGGAAGAAAGUAAUGAAAUUCCAGAAGGAAAAGAUAGUUUGGAAUUGAGAGAAAAAGAAAAGACUACAAGCGCAACAACGUCGAAAUUUUCUGUGAAUAAUGAAGCAAAAGUAGUUGAAUUUCAAAUUAGGGAAGAGACCGUAGAGGAACAAGAUAACUUGGAAUUUGAAGCCGAAGAAGAGGAAAUGUUCAAAUUAAUAACCAAUACAAGUGAUAAUUUACCUAUUGAAACCAAGAUUUCCUAUGAAUUGAAAGAAAAAGAUGGUAAAGAUUUUGUUGAGGAAUCGUCAAAAUCAUCGGAAGAACACAUGGAAACAGAAGAAUGCAUAUCUGUCGUCUCUCAUGGAAAUGAACAUUCUAAUGAAGACUCAUUGAUACAAGUUUCUACUACUAAUGUUGUGGAUGUGAAGUUUGACGAAAUUCUUGGUGAUGGAACAGUUCUUCACCUAGAUUAUGAUAAUAUUAAAACACAAUUAGAAGAUAUCCCAGCUUCAAGAGGCCAAAUAGAUGAAAAUAUCACGGAUGAUGAAAGAAGUUUAGGGAAAUGCGAAAGAACUUUGGAAAGGAAUGAUAAUGUGAAAGCUGAGGAAAAAGGUGAAGAUAUUGAAGGUAAAGAAGGGCUUGGAAUGAUAGAAAUAGAUUCUGGAGCAGAGGAAAGAGACAAAGUAAUAGAUAAGCAAGAUGUAUUAAAGAGAGAAAAGGGAAAUAAUGAUGGUUUGAAGACGAAUGAUGAAGACUUUCAAGACGAUGACUCUGAAAUAUCAGAAAGAAAAGAAGAGACUUCUGAACUGACUAGUAUUGCAAAGGAAUAUCUUCUUAUUGAUGAUGAAAACAAACUUGAAAUGGAACAAGUUGAAGAUGUUGAUGAAAGCAAUAAAGUAUCAACAUUACCUGACCGCGAAGAAUCAAAAUUAGAAACUCCAGCAGAAAGAAAGGAAGUUAUGUCUGAUAAGGGCACAACUCUUCUUUCUGAUAUUCAAGGGUAUAAUAUUGAAGUUUCAGAGAAAGAAGACUCUGUUAAUAUAGAGAAAGAUAUGAAAACUAAUAACACUCUUGAUGAAGAAGCAAUUCGUCGUUCUAAUGACGAUAAGGAUAUGCUAGAAUCUGAAGACUUACCCAGUGUGAAACAUGAAACAAAAGAAAAUAUUGAUAAAGAUGAUGAAAAGCUAAUGGAGAGUCGUGAAAAUACAGAAAGCAUAGAUAACUUGAAAAAAUCGGAUGAAAGAGAAAGGGAAAUAUUUGACUCGACAAGUAGCCAAAGUGAAAACUUUCAAACUGAAGCGGCAGAUAAACAUGAAACAAAAGAAGAAGCUGUGGAACAAGUUGAUGAAAAGUUUGAAUUUUCGUAUGAUUACGAAAUAGAAUCUGAGAAACGAGAAGAAAUAAAAGAAUUAGCACCUGAUGAAAGCGAAGCAAUUACCUCUGAAGGAGUUGAGCAAAUUAAUAAAGAUGAAGAAACACUAGGUUCUAUUAGUAAUGUUAGAGAUAUGAAAAGUGAUAUUGAAGACGAUGACUCUGAAAAUGUCUUUAAUACUAAUAAUGAUAGUAUUUCCACAAAAUUAGAAGAUCUGGCUAGUGUACGAAGUAAAACAGGGGAAGAAAAAGAAGAAGAAAUGGAAAAGAAUGAAGAAACCUCAGAUGAAGAAAAUAACUCGGAAUUAGAAGAAAAAGACAAAGAAUUACCAAAAUCGACAACUAGUGAUAAAGAAAACUCUUCCAUGGCUGUUGCAGAUAAAUCACAAAUGGGUGAGGCGAAUGAAGUUAAAAAACCAGUUGACAAAGAAUUACAAUUACCUGACAAUCAAGAUUUAAAAUCAGAGAAAUUAGAAAUUACGAAGGAAAAGUCAACAGAGGAAUACAAAACAAUUGUUUCCGACACUAAAGAUGAUAUUAAUGAAGAUUUAGAAACAACAAAUCCUAACACCAAUGUUGUGGAUGUGAAAGGUUAUAGUACUUCUGAUGAAAAAACAGUUGCUCAUACCGCUAGUGAUAACGUUGCACUACAAUCAGCUGAUGAAUCUAAUGCGAGAAGCGAAUCAAGGGUAGACGAAAGAAAAGGCAAAAAGGAGCAUUCGGAAGCGAGUGAAGAAUUUUCAGAAAUUUUGGAAGAAGAUAAUUUGGAGUCAGGAGAAAAAGAAACAUAUACGACUGAAACAGCAACGAAUGAAAAAGAAAAUUUUCUUACAGACCUUGAAGAUGAGUCUAAAAUAAGGGAAAUAGAGAAUGCUGCGGAACAAGUUGCCAAAGCAGCAGAAGUAUCUUAUGGUCGAGAAAUAGAACCAGAAGAAUCAAAAGAACUACAAAUUGUAACAGAUGAAAUUUCCGAUGGAAACCAGCAGAUUAAUAAUGAUUUAGCACUUCGAGAUUCUACUGGCAUUGUAAAAGAUUUACAGACUCACAAUAUCCUUGAUGAAGAAUUUGUUCUUACCGACGACGAUAAUAUUCCAAUAAAAUCAGAAGAUAUGCCAAAAGUGGAAGAAGGAGAGAUACAUGAAAAAGUGGAAACAAGACGUGAAAUUGUGGAAAGAGAAGACAAUUUGAUAUCGGAAGAAAGAGAAAGAAAUAUCAUCGAGUCGACAGCGAAUGAAAGAGAGAGUCAGUCUAUUAUAUCUAAAGAUGAGCCUAAAAGAAGGGAAAUAGAAUUUGCUAAGGAAUCAGUUGGUAAAGUACUGGAUUUACCCGAUGAAUAUAAAAUAAAGUCAGAAGAAACCGAGAAAGUUUCAACUGAUGAAGAUUCGAUAGUACAAUAUCCUAUAGAGGAAAAUAUCUCUGCACUAAAUGAAGUAGAGAAGCCAGGAGAAAUUUAUCACAUUGAGACUUCAAAAAUAAAAGAUUCCGAAGAAUCAGCUAUCGAUAGCGAUAAAACCGAAAUCGAAGGAAAGUCAGGCGAAAUAGCUGAAGGAGGAGGUAAAGAAAAAGGAUUAGAAACUAAAGAUGCUUCUGUUGAAGAGAUAGAUCAAAAAAUAGAAUCUGAAGAAACAGCAGAAAUUAUAGAUGAGGAAAUGGAAAUAGCUGUUCCCAACUUAACAGGAUCUAAUGGUGAGGACUCCGAAACUGAAUAUUGUGCUAGCAAUGCUUCUGUAGUAGAAAAUAUUUGUGACGAAAGUGUUAAACGAGAAAUAAACGUUUCUUCACCCACCGAAGGAGUUGCCACACAUUUAAAGGUAAAGCAUCUUGAAGAUGAUUUAUUUGCAAAGGACAGCGAACCAUCUCUAACUGAAGAAACACAGAAGGAAAAUGUUACCUUCGAAAUUGAUAGUGCAUAUGAUUCAAAGGCUGAUAGCGUAAUUAAUGACUCAUCUCUGGCUUGUAUACGGGAAGAAGAGAAUGAACCAGAGCAAAAGUCGGAAGCAGCACUUUCAAUUGAUGAAUCUAUUCCUGCAAUGUCAAUAUUGAACACAGAGGAUUCAGAAGAAACAUCAUCUAUGUCUGAGUUACAAUCAAAUUAUAAAGAUUCACAAAACAGAGAAGUUUAUAAAUAUGAAGAUACUGAUGAAGCGAAACUAGAGCCCGUUUCAGCUACAAGAAUAUCUGAACAGGAAUCUCUCUUACCUACAACACAAACUGAAAAUAUUCCGUCUCUACACAUAUCUGAUUCUGAGUUAGUUGCUCAAUACUCUUCAUCAAAUAUUGAACAACAACCCGCUGUUGAACAAACAAAGACAUCAAACCUUAGUGAAUCCUAUAAAACUAACACAGACUCUGAUAAAAUAGAAAACGAAGAAGAAGAAACGUUUGAAGAUGCUUUAUCAGAAGUUUCCGCGGAUAAAACAAUACGAAGAACCAAAGAUGAUGACAAAGAUUAUCACAUUAGUGACAACGAUGACGAUAAUAACGAUGAUGAUAAGAAAGAUAAUGACAAUGAAUUCGAAAUAAUUCAAAAAUCCUCUUCUUUGGAACCUUCUUCGAUUGAAACAUUUUCUAGUGUUAGAGAUACAAGCGGAGACACAAAUUUCACGGAGGAAGUAGGCGUAUCAAAUGAACAAGAGAGCCCUGAAAACAUAACAGACUUAUCUGAUCAAUCUGUAAAAUCAAAAGUUGAUGCAAAAGAAAAGGAAGACAAAACGGACGAAGAGCCCCUAACGUCAGGAAACACUUUGGAAUUUUCUUCCAUGAAAAAUUCUGUACUACAGCCUGAAUCAAAGCUAGAAAACUUUCCAAUUGAAAGUACUAGAGCUAUUGUUGAUUCAAUUUCAUCUGAUAUAACAGAAGGCAUUGUUACUCAAACAAAAAUGUCAGACGAUGAAGUAGUUACAUCGAAAGCUACAGAUUUUUCAGAAGUCGAGAUCGAAGGAGAAAGAGAAAUGAGUAAAACUUCAUCGACAGAAUUUGGUGAGCUUGAGAGCGAACAACUAAAUGCUGAUGCUACAUCUAGAAAGACGGAAUUUGUUGUUUUAGUAGCAAAUAACAAUAAACGCGAUCCUUCUUUGGUAGAAGAAGCGCAGGAGAGUACAAUGACAUCUUUUGAUGGAAAUAUCGAUAAUAAUAGAGAAGAAACAAACAUUAAAGCUCUGUCUUUCGUAGAAAAAGAGGAUCAAGAGUUUGUUCAGCUAGAUUCUAUCACAAAAAGCUCUUGUAAAGACAAUGAUGAUAUGGUUACAGCUGAACACUUACAAGACACAAAUCAAAAUGUUCCUGAAUCAGUCUUGGAGGCCACAAUCGAACAACCACAAAUUUUGCGUGACGAAAACGAAUCGUCAAUGCAUGUUCAAGAAAAUCUGUUAGAAGAGCAUAAGACACUUCUGCAUGACGAAUUAAGCAUAAGUCAAGAGGCAAACAGGCAACAAGUUAAACCAACAGAAGUAGGAGAUUCAUACAAAGACAGUUCCAUUGAUCUUCAACAGGAAGAUGAAAAUGUCAGUGAGAAAAAGAAAGGUAUAACUCGAGAAUUAAUUUUUGCACAAGAUCCACUAAGUGGUGAUAAAAAACAUGAGGGUGGUGAAUCAGACGCUAAAUCAGAUAUAAUACCUGAGCUAAAAUAUGGUCCUAACGACAAACAACCUGUUUUGAAUAUAAGUAAAAAUGUUUCAAAUAAAAGAGAAAGUUUACUGAUGGAAGAUGAAGAAGGAACAGUAUCUGCUUCUUUAACGACCGAGGAAAAAGUUACAUCUUCUGAAAAAGAGGAUAGUAAUCUAACAAAACAUCCUCUUGAUAUUAUGAAGAAUGACAAUGAACAAUCACAAGAAACUAAAGACAAAAGUAACGAUGACAAGAGUAAAGAGGGAAAACUAUCGACUGACCAAGAAAAUCAAACAGAAUAUUUGAAACAAAUCGACGACUCUGCUGCUAGUAUUGCUGGUGCUCACUCAGAGGAUAAAACUCAUAAUGUCGCAAAUGUGACCAAACAGGAACAACAGGAAGACUUCUUGAGCACGAAGCCAAAGGAAUUGUUUAGAGAAAUUGAAAGAAUUUCUGAAAAUGAGAACGAGGAUGGUAUAGAAAACAAAAAUGUGGAGGUUAUGAAAGAAAGCAAAGAGCAAUCAAAUGAUAAUGAAAAUAAUUCCUGUGAUCAAUUAGCAAUCGACCAGGAACUCGCACUAGAAGAAGCCACUGAAAUCUCUGAAACAAUCAAAGAACAUUACAUUGAAACUACAACGAAACAAGAGAAAGGUGAAUCACAGAAAAAAGAUUCUGAAAGCGAAAAUAUUAUGUCAGAAGAGAUUGAUAGCAACUCCGGAGAUUCGAUGGAAGAUAUAAAUAUAGAUUUGCAACAAACACGUGAAAAUAUUGAAUUAAAAGAAAACGAUGACACUAAACUGAAUACCAAUGAACAAGACCAAAUAUCUUCAUAUCAAAUAGCCCAGUCAGAUGUAGUAAAACCUGAUUCGAUUGAUGAAAUUCCUUCUGAUAAAGAAGAUACUACUAAUGAAAACUCGAAAAUAAAGGAAUAUUCUAGUAGUGUUAGUGAUACGGAAAUUGGACAUAACCUUGCAGAAGAAUCUACCUCAAAUAUUGCUGACAUCAAAGUACAAACCGAACCAACAGAAAUUUCUUCUUCGAAAAACGACACAACGGAAAAAGAAUUACAAAUAAAUAAAUUAGCAUCAAGAGAACAUAAUAAUUUGCAAUUAGACAAAAAAGAAAAAGAAUUAGCUGCAUCAAAAACCGAAGCAAAACAGAAUCUGCCUACUGAGGAUGAAGAUAAGCAUAAAACGAAAGACAAUAUAGAAUCACUUGCCAAGACACCGACAGAAUGUGACGAUGCAGAAAUAGUCCCAGAAAUGUCAGCAGGAGAGAAGCAAAUUAUAUCAGAUCAAUGCGAAAUUGUAGAUAACCCUCUUGAUGAAGCUAUGGAAGUUUCUGCUGGUAAUACAAUCGACUUCAAAAGUGACGCUACCUUUGAAGUAGAACCCAGUUUCCACACUGAUAGUCACGAUAUUACAAAACAAAGAGAGAUUAUUCCAAAUGUGAGAAACCAAACAAAAGAAAACAUUGGAAACGAUAAAGGACAAAUGGAUAAACCUGAUGAAAUUUUGGAAAAGCAAGAUAAUUUGGAAUCACAGGAAAGUGAAGAAAAUAUUGCUGGAUCAGCAACAAGCCAAAACGAAAAACUAUCCGAUGAAGCACAAAUUGAAAUUAAAGAACUAGGCGAUGCUAGACAGCAAGCGAAGAAGACGAUAGAAUUAACUAGUAAACAAGAAAUAGAAAACGAAAAACCAGAAGAGACACAACAAAUUAUUACUGCUGAAUAUGAAGCUUCUGUUUUCGAUAAAAAUGAAGAUUCUGACGAAAAAUCACCACAGCAAGAUUCCUCCAUUAAUGUCACAGAUGUAAAAGAUGAUAAUACCUCUGAUGAGAAAGUAAUUUCUAACAUCGAUAAUAAUGAUAUUGCUACAAACGCAGAAAUUACGACUAUACUUGUAAGCCAACAAGAAGAAGAAGGACAUGAAAGCGCACAAGAAAUAGGAAAGAGCGAUGAAAUUCCAGAAAUUUCAGAAGAAGAAGAUAAUUUAGAGUUUGAAGAAGGAGUAACACCAACGAUGAGAAGAGAAACAAAGAAUGAAGGAAGAUACGAUAACACUGAACAUGCUGAGGACAUUAAGUCAACUAUAGAAAUUUCCGAAUUAGAAACCAAGUCUAAAUCAGUGGAAAGCGAGGAAAAUACUACUGGGUCAACAACAAGCGAAAAUGAAAGAUUAUCUAAUGAAGAGGAAAUUGAAAUCGAUGAAAUAAGCGAAGCAAAAGAAACAGCGGACAAAACAAAAGAAUUGUGUAGUGAUCAAGAAAUAGGUGAUGUCAGAGAGCAAGUAGAGAGAACGAAAGAAUCACUAAGUAAUCAAGAAAUAGAAAGCCAAACACCAGAAGAAACGAAACGAACUCUCACAGCUGAAUCCGAAGCUUCUGUUUCCGACGCUACUGAAAAAUUAACAGAGCAAGAUUCUUCUAUCAAUGUUACAGAUGUAAAGAAUGAUAAUACCUCAGAUGAGAAAAUCACUUCAAACAUUGAUAAUGAUGGUAUUGUAACAAGCACAGAGGUCACACCUAUAUCGCUCGGCGAACUUCGAGAAGGAUAUGAAGAUACAGAAUAUACAGAAAAAGAUGAAGAAAUUCUAGAAAUGUUUAAAGAAAACGAUAAUUUGGAGUCAGAAGAAAAAGUCAUACCUUCUGUGCAAAACGAAAUAAAGAAAGAAGAAAGAUUUGAACACCCAGAACAAUCAGAGGACGGUGAGAUAACUGCAGAAAUUUCCGAAGAAGAAACCAAGUUGAAAUCGGUGGAAAAGGAGGAAGACACUACUUUAUUAAAAACAAGCGAAAAUGAAAGAUUAUCUAAUGAAGAGGAAAUUGAAAUUGAUGAAAUAAGCGAAGAAAAAGAAACAGCCGACAAAACAAAAGAAUUGGUUAGUGAUCAAGAAAUAGGUGAUGUCAGAGAGCAAGUAGAGAGAACAAAAGAAUUACUAAGUAAUCAAGAAAUAGAAAGUGAAAAACCAUGGGAAACGAAACAAAGUCUUACUGCUGAAUGCGAUACUUCUGCUUUCGAUAAGAAUGAAGAUACUGACGAAAAAUCAACACAGCAAGAUUCUUCCAUCAAUGUCACAGAUGUAAAAGAUGAUAAUACCUCAGAUGAGAAGGUAGUUCCUAAAAUCGAUGAUGAUGAUAUUACAACAAGCAGAGAGGUUAUUCAUAUCCAGGUAGGCGAAUUAGAAAAAGACAGAUAUGAAAACGCAGAACAAACAGAAAAGAGUGACGAAGUUUUAGAAGGAAAGGAUAAAUUGAUAUUCGAGACCAAAGAAGAGGAAAUGUCCGAAUUAAUAACCAAUACAAGUGAUAAUUUACCUAUUGAAACCAAGAUUUCCUAUGAAUUGAAAGAAAAAGAUGGUAAAGAUUUUGUUGAGGAAGCGUCAAAAUCAUCGGAAGAACACAUGGAAACAGAAGAAUGCAUAUCUGUCGUCUCUCAUGGAAAUGAACAUUCUAAUGAAGACUCAUUGAUACAAGUUUCUACUACUAAUGUUGUGGAUGUGAAGUUUGACGAAAUUCUUGGUGAUGGAACAGUUCUUCACCUAGAUUAUGAUAAUAUUAAAACACAGUUAGAGGGUAUCUCGAACGUGAAAAAUGAGGCGAAGGAUAGAAUCUCAAAAGAUAGAAGUGAAAAAGAACAAAAAGAACAGAGUGGUGAAAGGGAGGAUGACUUGGAAUAUGAACGAAAGGAAAGUAAUUUAACUAUAUCAGAAAGUAAUGAAAAAGGUAGCUUACCAAGCAAAGAACUUGAAGAAAAGGAAAAUGAAGAUGUUGAGGAAGCUAACCAAAUAGUAACAUUACCUGGAGAUGAAGGAGAGAAAAUACAAGAACAGGACGAAGCUAAACCAAUUCUAACUGCUGAAUCUAAUGUUGAUUUAUCCGGUAAAACUAAAAAUGCUGACGAAGAUUUUGAAACACAAGACCUUACCAUGAAUACUCUUGAUGUAAAAACAGAUGCAACUUCUGAUAAGGUGUCAAUAGUUCACAUUGAUAAUGAUGAUAUUCCGAAAAAAUAUGAAACCACUUCUAUUCUAAGAGAAGAAACAAUAACGGCAGAAAAACAUGGAGAGAUACAACAAACGGAAAAGAGUGAUAUAAUUUUGGAGACUUCAGAAAGAAAAGAUAAUUUACAGUUAAUAGAAAGGGAGAAAGAUAGUACGAGAUCAACAACAAGUGAAAAAGAAAUAAUGUCCGGUGAAGAAGAGAUGGAAACUAAAGAACUAGUCGAUGCAAGAGAAACAGCGGACAAAACAAAUGAAUUGGUUAAUAAUCAAGAAAUAGACGAUGCUAGAGAACAAGCGGAAAAAGCAAACGAACUACUCAAUAAUCAAGAAAAUGAAAACGAAAAACGAGAAGAGACGCAACAAAUUAUUACUUCUGAAUGCGAAGCUUCUGUUUUCGAUAAAAUUGAAGAUACUGACGAAAAAUCACCACAGCAAGAUUCCUCCAUUAAUGUCACAGAUGUAAAAGAUGAUAAUACCUCUGAUGAGAAAGUAAUUUCUAACAUCGAUAAUAAUGAUAUUGCUACAAACGCAGAAAUUACGCCUAUACAUGUAAGCCAACAAGAAGAAGAAGGACAUGACAGCGCACAAGAAACAGGAAAGAGCGAUGAAAUUCCAGAAAUUUCAGAAGAAGAAGAUAAUUUAGAGUUUGAAGGAGUAACACCAACGAUGAGAAGAGAAACAAAGAAUGAAGGAAGAUACGAUAACACUGAACAUGCUGAGGACAUUAAGACAACAAUAGAAGUUUCAGAAGACGAAACCAAUUUAAAAUCAGUGGAAAAAGAGGAAGAUACUGCUGGAUCAACAACAAGCGAAAAUGAAAGAUUAUCUAAUGAAGAGGAAAUUGAAAUCGAUGAAAUAAGCGAAGCAAAAGAAACAGCGGACAAAACAAAAGAAUUGUGUAGUGAUCAAGAAAUAGGUGAUGUCAGAGAGCAAGUAGAGAGAACGAAAGAAUCACUAAGUAAUCAAGAAAUAGAAAGCCAAACACCAGAAGAAACGAAACGAACUCUCACAGCUGAAUGUGAAGCUUCUGUUUCCGAUAAAAAUGAAGACUCCGCUGAAGAAUCACCACAGCAAGAUUCUUCCAUCAACGUCACAGAUAUAAAGAGUGAUACUACAUCUGAUGAUAAAGUAACUCCUAACAUUGAUAAUGAUGGUAUUGUAACAAGCACAGAGGUCACACCUAUAUCGCUCGGCGAACUUCGAGAAGGACAUGAAGAUGCAGAAUAUACAGAAAAAGAUGAAGAAAUUCUAGAAAUGUUUAAAGAAAACGAUAAUUUGGAGUCAGAAGAAAAAGUCAUACCUUCUGUGCAAAACGAAAUAAAGAAAGAAGAAAGAUUUGAACACCCAGAACAAUCAGAGGACGGUGAGAUAACUGCAGAAAUUUCCGAAGAAGAAACCAAGUUGAAAUCGGUGGAAAAAGGAGAAGACACUACUUUAUCAAAAACAAUCGAAAAUGAAAGAUUAUCUAAUGAAGAGGAAAUUGAAAUUGAUGAAAUAAGCGAAGAAAAAGAAGCAGUCGACAAAACAAAAGAAUUACUCUAUGGUCAAGAAAUAGGCGAUGGUAGAGAAAAAGUAGAGAGAACAAAAGAAUUACUAAGUAAUCAAGAAACAGAAAGCGAAAAACGAGAAGAAACGAAACAGAGUCUUACUGCUGAAUGCGAUACUUCUGCUUCCGAUAAGAAUGAAGAUACUGACGAAAAAUCAACACAGCAAGAUUCUUCCAUCAAUGUCAUACAUGAAAAAGAUGAUACUAUCUCUGAUGAGAAAGCAACUCCUAACAUUGAUCACGAUGAUAUUAGAGCAAGCGCGGAGGUUACGUCUAUACUGGUGAGGCAACAACAAGAAGAAGGACAUGAAGAUGCAGAACAUACAGAAAAAGAUGAUGAAAUUUUAGAAAUACCCGAAGAAAAAGACAAUGUAGCAUAUAAUGAAAAAGUUAUACAUUCUGUGCAAUACGAAACAAAGAAAGGAGAAAGAUUUGAACACCCACAACAAUCUUUGGACAGUAAGGUAACUGUAGAAAUUUCUGAAGAAGGAACCAAGUUGAAAUCAGUGGAAAAAGAGGAAGACAGUACUUUAUCAAUAACAAGCGAAAGUGAAAAAUUGUCUAAUGAAGAGGGAAUUGAAAUUAAAGAACUAGGCGACACAAGAGAAACAGCGGAGAUAACAAAAGAAUUGGUUAGUGAUCAAGAAAGAGGUGAUGUCAGAGAACAAGUGGUGAGAACGAAGGAAUUACUUAGUAAUCAAGUUAUAGAAAGCAAAACACCAAAAGAAACGAAACAAAUUGUUAUUGCUGAAUGUGAAGCUUCUGUUUCUAAUAAAAAUGAAGACGCUACUGAAGAAUCAACAGAGCAAGAUUCUUCCAUCAAUGUCACAGAUGAAAAGGGUGAUACUUUCUGUGAUGAUAAAGUAACUGCAAACAUUGUUAAUGAUGGUAUAGUAACAAAUACAGAAGUUACUUCUAUACUGGUAGGCAAAGUACAAAAAAGAUGUGAAGACGCAGAACAAACAAAGGAAGAUACGGAUAAAAGAGAGCUGGAAUAUAUUGAAGAUGCAGAGAAAAAAGAGAAUUUUGACAAGGAAAUAGGUUUACUCAUUGAAAGCGAAGGUAAGCCAGAAACAAUUAAAAUCGCAGGUGUGAAAGAAUCGGCUCGUGAAGUAUCGAAAUUACCUGAAAAUCAAAAAAGAAUAUUGGAAAAAUCUGAAGACAGAGACAAGUUUUCAACUGAUAAAUGCAAAGAAAUUAUUUCUGACAUGAAAGCACAUAUUGACAAAGACACAGAAGUUGUGGAUGAAGUAGUAGAUCCUAUUACUAAUGUGAUAAAUGAAGAUGCAAACCUUCAUUUCGAUGCUGACAAUGAUACAAAGAACACUGAGAAAGAAUCAGACAAAGAACUAGAAAGUAAUGUUGAAAGCAAGGAAUUUUCAACAGAAAUGAAACUAAUAGAAUCAGAUGUAUUGUUGACUCAAGAUGAUGACAGUGUUCAAACAACAACAGGUGGAAAUAUUAACGUUAUUGUUAAUGUAAAUAAAGAAAAAUAUACAAACGAAGAAACUACUGUUGAAUCCGGUAGUGCUAAACCAUCACAAUUUGACAUCGAUAGUACAACAGAUCAGGAACAAGGCGGGGAAAAUAUGACCCAGCUGGAAAACAAGUCUAAAACAGAACCUAAGAUAAAAGUUAAAAGACAACAAUUAAUAAAGAAAGAUAAUAUAGAAGCAAAAGACCAAAUUCCAGUAAUUGAACAUAAGCCUUCGAUUAAAAUGGAAUCUGCUAAGUACGCUCAGACUGAAGAAACUGUUCUUAAUACAGAAGAAGUUUUAAUUGCAGCUGAACUAAGUAAAGAUGAAUUAAGCGAAGGUUUUACAUCAGAAAAGCUGCAUUACGAUAACAUAAUUACUAGGGUAGAGGAAAGAGAUUCAAAUGUUGAUAUUAGUCAUCAAUUUACUUCCUCUGAUGAAUCAGAAAUUAAACAUAUAGACUCUGAUCGUAGUCCCUCUGAUCUAAGUAUUUUAAUUGACAAACCAAAAGAAGUUACAGAGGAGAGCGAACAUAAUUCUACUGAACAGAUUGUGGACGACUCAGUAAAUACAGAUUCAAACAUUGAGCAUAUCGAUGAAGCGAAACUAGAGCCCGUUUCAGCUACAAGAAUAUCUGAACAGGAAUCUCUCUUACCUACAACACAAACUGAAAAUAUUCCGUCUCUACAAAUAGCUGAUUCUGAGUUAGUUGCUCAAUACUCUUCAUCAAAUAUUGAACAACAACCCGCUGUUGAACAAACAAAGACAUCAAACCUUAGUGAAUCCUAUAAAACUAACACAGACUCUGAUAAAAUAGAAAACGAAGAAGAAGAAACGUUUGAAGAUGCUUUAUCAGAAGUUUCCGCGGAUAAAACAAUACGAAGAACCAAAGAUGAUGACAAAGAUUAUCACAUUAGUGACAACGAUGACGAUAAUAACGAGGGUGACAAGAAAAAUGAUAGUAAUGAUGAAUUCGAAAUGGCUCAAGAGUUUGUCACGUUUGAACAAUAUUCAAAAAAUUCAACUUCUGAUAUUAUAAUAACUGAAAAUAAUGAUAUUGUAGUCCUAAGAGAAGUUGUGGAUGAAAACAUUUCUUCAGCAAAUGCGAUUUCUGAGGAAAUGGCUUUUCAAAAACCAAUUGCGCAAGAAAAUAUUAUUAGGGAAGAAACUCCAGAAAUUAUUGGAGGCGAAUUACAUAUACCUGAUGAAGCAAAUUACAAAUCUAAUGAAUUGGAGAAUAUUAGAGCGCACUCAGAUGGCGAACGUUUAGAGACUGAAAGUAACAUCGAUGUUUUAACAGACCGUGUUGAAACUUCAAGUGAAAAAAGGACUGUACAUAUUGCUCGUGAAACCAAUAUUUCAGCAGAAAUUGAACACACCAAGAGUCUCGAAAAUUUACAAAAGUGCAUAAAAUCUAUAACAGAAAAUCUUUCAAGUCAAAGAGAAACCGUUUAUGUAGAAACAUUCAUUGUUCGAGAUCAAAUGAAUAGACAUGAUGAAGUCAUACCAGAGAGGCCAUCAAGUGAGCUGGAAGAGAGACAACCUGAUUCAGAUAACUCGACAGAAAAGCAAACUGAAAUCUUCCAGAACAACAGAAUUUAUUCAACAGAAGAUUCUGGUGUUGAUCAACCAAGUGAGGAGUAUCUUAGUGGACCAAUAACUAAUGCAAGCCAAUCCAGCUGCGAACAGAUACGAGGAGAAGUUGGUAGAACUUCAAACGAAAACUUGCAAACAGUUGUACCAGAAAUAAGGGAGAUCAUCGCUGUUGAUGAUUGUACUAUACAGUCAUCAGUUGCUAGAAAUGAAGAUGCCGGAUUGAUUACAAUUCCACUCAAUCUACAACAAAGAGCAUCUUCCAUGGAUCAAAUCUCCCAAACAGAUCAUGAAAUACUAGGUAAUUCCAUUUCAACUCAAACUGGUUUUGACGAGACCGUUGCGCCAAGACAAACUUCGUCAACUAUAGAUCUAAUACAAGAGGAAAGAAACGACCUAAGCGUUUCAGAGAAUCUUGGACUCUCAGUUGAUGAUUCUUGUCAGACUAUAUUGACAUAUCCUCCAUCAUUCGAAUCAUCAACCCAACUACAAUUAAUCGAUCCAUUUUUGGAGUAUGUAGGAGAAGAAAAUCGACAUUUAUUACAUUAUAUUCAAUAUUCAAAAGAAAGAAAAGAAGAAACUUUACAUAGGAAAAAGAAUCAUUUAUAUUUAGAAACAGAGUGGGAAUCGAGUAAGUCAAGCGAAGUCCUCCCAUUAGAUUCAUUUUUCUUGGAAGAAAAUUCUCCCAGAGAACGUUCGAAUUCAAUGAAUGAGCAUUUGCUAGAAAUCAACCUGAAUCGAAAUUCAAAUGUUAUAAGUGGUGUUGAAAUUAGUUCAAUUGAAUUGUACGAAAUUUUGUCAAGAUCGUCCGAUAGUGAUAAUGUUGAAGAUAUUAUCGCUUGUAAUUCAGAUAUAUCUACAAGUUUACUUGAGCAAAUACGGCUAGCAAAAGACGCUCUAACAAAAGCAAUAAAAUACAAACCAACGAAUGAACUAGUAAUGAAAGGUUCAAUUACACCAAAUGUUCCAGUAAUAACUUUAUAUUUAGAGAAGGACGAUAAAAUGAACGACUAUCCAGAAAUAAUUGACGACGUUAUUGAAGACCAGGAGAUAGUCGAAGAUGUACACUCCGAUUUAGAGGGAGAGAUUCACCCUUAUUCCUUUAACGAAACAAGGAGCAACAUACCCUUCCUCUCAGAUUACUCUGGUGAUUCCAAAUCACCAAAGUCGUAUCGUUCAGAGGAACGAAUAUAUACUCAAGACUACAAACCAAGUGAAUUACCAGACGAUAGCAUAUCUUCAGUGGGGACAGAUGAACUUGUUGCUCAAGCUAAAAGUAGCUUCAGCGAAGAAGCUAUUUGCUCGUUUGAAACUUUUAGCUCGGAAAAUGAAGCCAUCAGUCCCCCACUUAGUACAACGAAACAAAGCUGGGGAUCUCUUCAUGCCGUUAAAGAAAUGAAAGACGAGAGCAUUGAAACUGAUGACGAAUUAGAAAGAUUACGCUUGGAGAGGGAAAGAAUCACAACUAUGCUCUCGAAAGAUAUUUUACCAUCGACCUCUCAAGUAGAACUUGCUGAAGCACAAUUGCACUAUGUACUGGGCCAAACUGAUACACUUCUACAAGCUUUAGAUCGGGAUGACGACGAUGAUUCGGCUUUAGAAGAUGUAUUAGUCGGAUUUAAAACUCCCGAAAAAGAUCUGGAAAAUAUAAACGAGGACUUUCAAAAGAAGUUUAGAGAUGAACUUGUUGAAGAGAAACAAGGUAUUGAGGACAAAAUCUGUAAAUUAGAGACGAAACAAAAACAUAAAGAAAGAGCAAGACUGGAGGAUGAAAUAGCUAUGUUAGAAAGAGAAGAGAAAAGACGAACUACAAGACCUUUUCCAGUUAAAAGUGGAAAGCUAGAGAGAUCAGCUCAAAUCAACGCUUUUAAAAUGGAAAGAUUAUUAGAAAAUUCAAGCUUCGAAAGAAAACGCUUUGUUCCCAGAUAUAGAAGUGUAAGUCCUUUCGUUCUUGAGGAAGAAGAUAAAGAUGAAAUACCAAAUGCUCCAAUAUACGCUGAAUCUCUUACCCCUAAACAAAGAAUGAAAUAUUUGGCAAACAAACGAAGAAGACUAGUUAAAGACUCAACUUUAAGAAGAAAUCCAAUUGUCUCUUCAUCAGCUGGAGAUUUAAUAACUUCUACAACGUCACUGACUUAUUCAACAUCAAUUAUUUCAAGUUCUCGAGCAAGUCGAAACAUGAAUCUACCCGGAUUAACCACCGUCUACGACCGACCUCGUGCAGUAUCAACGCCUCAGAAGGAAUCAGAUUGGGAUGAUCUCACUAAGAAACUUUUAGGCGAAUAUCAAGAGGCUAGAGGAACUAAUGAAUUAGAAAUAAAAAAGGCGAAAGAAACGUUUGAGAGAAAACCACAAAAUCCUGAAAGUUUGUUAAGUUUUGAAGGUCAUCUUGGUAGAAUAGCCAAAUUGGAAGAGAGAACACCUACUUAUCCGCAUGGUCACUUGCCUAAAAGUAAAAUUACGGCAAUAGAAGCUGAGAUUGAUCGUAUGAAAGCGAAAUAUAAAACUGAAAAGUAUGUACCAGAUUUGAGUGCAGCGUACCUGAAUCCCCUUUCAGCAGCUGAUGCAAUAAUCAACCGUCACGAAAGAGCUUUAGCAACUAUAGACCGAAGACGUCAUAAACCUCCAAAGAAUAAAUAGGCAAGAGGAAACUGCUUUUAACAUAUCGAAUAAAUACAAUUGCAAUAAUGAAAAAUGGAUUUGGAUAGAAUAAAAUUUGACGAGGAGAGAAAAUAUGAAAUCCUGCAGGAUGUUUUAAAAAAAAACAAUACACACACAAACUGAAUAUCUGUGAUACGUAGAAAAGAAAAAAAGUUUGCUGUGAUCUAACUGAAAUCCAUUAAGAAUGUUAAAGACUAAUUAUUUUUAUAUUCCAUUUAUAUCAAAGUCAUUUAUUUUAACUAUUAAAAUCUCCUUCUAUUGUUUUUGUUGGUUUAUAAAGGAACGAAACAUUGUAGUACUUAAACCAUUUUGGGAUACAAAGAUGAAACAUUGCAAAAAUUGUAUGUACUUUACGUACAUUAAGAUAGAAUACUAAUGUGUUUUAUUAAAGUUUUUUUUUUAAAAAAAAACACCCACACAAAAGUGUAUAUAGAACCUGUUAAUGUGCUAAUGAUAAAUAUAUGUAUGAUGUAUAUAUAAAUACCUUCUGUACAAUGUAUGUGCUAUAUUUCUCAAGAAUAACCAAGGUUAAACAUUUAAUUAAAAGCAAAGUUAACUGUGAUGGUUUAUUAACUUGUCUACAUUUUGUUUUUUUUUGACAUACACUACAAGAAAAACUUGUAAUUAAAUUAACUCUACGAAGAAAAAUGAUUUCGUUUUAUUAGAGUGUCUAU